AUGUGUCUUCUUGUUUCUCAGCCUUCCUCGUUCAUUUCAGUCGAUCAUGCUCCGACGAUGCAUGUAUACUUCUGCUCUGAUCAGGAAUCCGACGCUGCGAUUUCAAGAGAUGCCCCCAAGCCGCAAGAAAGGUUGGUUUCAUCGUGGUGCCUGAGCUCAGAGAUCGCGCACUUAGCCAUCGACUCGUGCGGCAACUUUCAGCCAUGCAGCAGCUACGAAAGCUACAUAGCAGCUCAUAGGAAUGCCUUGAGAAGCUCUAUCGAUCGACACGGAAACUUUGCACGAUGA